AUGCCCAGUUGGCCCCUCGUGUCAAAGACUAUCACUGCCAUCGCCAGAAAAGCUCCUGUGCUCUCGAAGAACGGACUCAGCAGCGCCAACAACAAGACUGAAGAAGCGCUUUCGGAUGGUUGGGAAAUGGUGGAAAAGACACCAAGCUUAACGGAUGUGGCGGGUCGAAUAAUUACAACGCCUGUGCGAUCCUUCUACUACGCAACGAUUGUUCUGGACAACCAAUCCAACGACUUCGAAGAGGUUAGAUUCGAGAUGUUUUCGUUGGAGCAACCAGCCACCAAAUGGUACCACAGCAUAUCUGCAGGACUGCCACUUGAUACUGUAGAUGAGCGAAUGUCCGCGAGUAUCUUGGCUAUUCAGAAGGAGCAUGGUAGCAAGGGUCUCUUGCAGGUUAUCAUGUGGGCUACGACAUACAAAUUACAGUCAGGCGCGUCAUCCUUCUGGCGACAAGUUGAGGGUGUUGCAAGUGAUCUUCUGGGUCGUCGACAGCAGUACCUAGUGCGUGUUACCGGCAAUAUCGCUGAGCUUCAGAGAGCAAUGGGUGGAAAUACGUGCUUUAGUGACGGUGCACCAUACAUUGUCAAUGGAGAGUGCUUCUUUUCCUGUUGGCCUGGCAAAGGAAUGGAGUUAGUCGGCUAUACCAAGGCUCUGUCGAUGCUUGGACUCGAAGUCGACAAUUAGAUUACCUUCGAACUUGUCGACAACUCGGUACCUCUAAUAUUAAACAAUAAGGACAAGCAUACGGGGGUUUACGUGGGUAUGACAUAGGGUGCAUAGAGUUUGGGUUUUUGAGAAUGGAGCAUGGAAG